CAAAGCCAAAGAUAUACCGGGAGGCGUGUUAAAGGGGGCUCCUGAUUUCUGUACUGUACAUGUCAUCUCCAAAUCUGGAAAAAUCUCAUCUACACGUGCUGCUUCUCGCCUCGCGCCUUUUGUCCAUCCACUACGCCACCAGUUAAUGCAGCCAGCGAGCAUCAAAUUUGCUCCAUUUGAGCCUUCAAUACCCUCUGCUACUAAUUCAAGAAGUGAGCCAAACACUAGGAAAAGCAAGUUCUUUUAUAAAGUUUUUGCUGCCUCCUAUGGUAAUUCUAUAACUGCUUUGUAGGGGUGUCAAUUCUGGCCCAAAACGUGAUGGCCCGCCCAAAAUUUUAUUGGUUGGGCACAAGAUAAUUAGCACUGGGCUGAUUUUAGGUCAUUCAUCAGAAUCCAUUUUUUAAUUGAUUGCCAUUUCAGCCCAAAAUUGGGCCGAAAUAUGGCCCAAGUCCAACUUUUGAAAACCCCUAAAUAAUUUAGUCAUUUCAGAUUGCUACUUUAUUCAUCUUCCUCUUUCUCUCUCCCCUUCCACACUAUAUUCAACAUAUCCAGGUUGGUGAAAUUUCAACAUACCCAAGUUCGAUUUUUUUUUUAAUGAUAAAUCAUGAGUGUAUUUGAGACAUAAAGAUGACAAAAGGCAAAUGAUUUUCACUUUUGAUUUUCUCUUGGGUUCUAUUUUUCUUUUUCUUUUUUCCAGUGUUAUUUGUGUGCUUUUUUUUUUUUUUUUUUGGAAUCAUUUGUGUGUUGCUGCUAUUUUCUUGUGGGUUCUGGAAAAUCAUUGUCAAAGUUGGUUCUUGGGGAAGUGAAUUGAAUUAGUUCUUGAUUUAUGUAUCUCUGGAAUAUGUUAUUAUAGCAGUAUACUUGGAAUAUGUUGUCUUUUUUUUAUUGUUAUAGCAGUAUACUUACUCAGUUGUUAGCAUACAAUAUACACAGAGCAAUAAAUCAUUCUAAAACACCAUUAUGUAUUUUGGUUCUUGCUUUUGUUCUUUUGCUGUAAAAUCCGCAAUUUUUUAUUUUAUAUAUGCUAAGAGUUUCUUUCAUUUUUGUAGGUUGUAUUAUGGAUCAUACUGAAGCGUGUAAUGAGGUGACUCAAGAGAGCUUUUCAAGUUCAUCAAAACGACGAAAAAAUAAACACCUAAAAGAUGCAGCCUCUCAAGUUAUGCCAAUAAAUCACGAACAAUAUCAUGAUAAGGGAGUCAAUAUCCUACUGCCAAUGUGUAUUUUCAUAAAGUUUGGAAAAUUCAUAUGAUGAUAAGAGAAGUGAUAGAUAGUGAGGAUCUUAAUAUCAAGGAAACGGCUAUAGAAAUGGAGAAAAAGUUCAAAAAAUAUUGGCAGGAAGAGUACAGUCCGAUUGCUACAAUGGCAGUAGUCCUUGAUCCUCGGUAUAAGUUAAGUCUCGUGGAUUUUUGCUUCUCUAAACUUGAUCUAUCUACUUCCACUGAAAAGGUAAAGGCUGUCGAAGAUAAUAUGCAAAAAUUAUUUAAGGAGUACUUGAAACCUUUAAUUUCUGAUGUUGAUACGGUAAGAAGUAGUAGUGGUGGAUGUGACGUUGAAAUGGCAGAUGAAAUGGAGGAGUAUGAUAAUUUUGUAAGUCCAUCUCAACCUGGUUCAAAAAAGACACAACUAAGUUUGUACUUGGAAGAGCCUGUGUUGGUUCGCAAAGGAAAUGAAAAUUUAGAUGUGCUUAAAUUUUGGAAGGAUAAUAGGAUUAAAUAUCCGGAACUCUCAUUGAUGGCACGUGAUUUGUUAAGUAUUCCUAUCACCAGUGUUUCAUCCGAGUCCGCUUUCAGUGUUGGAGGUCGUGUUAUUGGAAAAUUUCAAACCUCUAUUUUACCCGAGAAUGCAGAAGCUAAGUUGUGUUCGCGAGAUUGGCUUUAUGGUCAUCAAGCUUCUGAUGACUCAGAAGAGGAAGAUGACAUUGCAAUAGACAUGGGGAAAUUUGCUGCUAUGCCUUCCAGCUAGCUGAUGUUUUUCUCAAUUUUCUUGACAGCGGAAGAAGAAUGAUGCUUCCACUGCGCGUCAAGUUUGAAUGUUACUGUGAUGUAGUAGUUUCUAUUUGAUCUGAGAGUGUUUUUUAUCCGGACCUGCUGAGUUUUCUGUGUCAUUGCACUGUGACACUCCUGGGAAGGAACUUUAUACCGACUCUGGCCUGGACAUUAUUGGAUACGCGAAUGGAGAAAAGACUACUGAAGUUCUUGGUGAGGGAGGAUCACUUACGUACCUCACAUUCAGUAGCGGUGGUAGCUGCGGAUCCCCCAGGUCAAUCCUUAACAACUGUUGUUGAAGUGAGAACGAGGAUGAGGAAAUGGAGAAGAUAUAUUAAUGAGAAAAUUUGUUUAUUCUCCUUUUAGUAUGCAAUACUAUAGUCUGGUAUAGAUCCAGGCAUGCAAAUAAUGUUUCUUUGUUUUUAUCAA